CCGUCAUUCUCCAGCCCACACAGACACAGUAAGAGAGGCAGCCAGCGACCAAUACGGUGCGCCGGAGGAGGAUUUCUGCCAGUGAUUUGAGACGAGCUCCAGUACGCUGAGGGGAUUUACUACGCCAAUCCGAGCCGGGGACUCUUUUGCUUAAAGGUGAGAGACAAGAAAAGGACAAUAAAUUCAAAGCAGCCAGUUUGAUUGCACCAUCUGACGCAGGGAUUCUUGCUGGUUGUUUUGUCUGAUCGAGAUCGAAGUGUUUGUAUAUUACUACUACUAUUGCUGCUGCUGCCUGACUUGAAGAAGGUAAGAAGAAUGAUGCUAUUUGCCCCAGGAACAGCACUUUAGCUGGUAAUGAGCGUUGGUAUGGAAAAUGGUAUGCACAUUGCUACUUGCAGCUUUAGCACGCCAUGUCUCUUCCGCGCACACUUGGGGAGCUGCAGCUCUAUCGGGUCCUGCAAAGGGCCAACCUGCUAGCCUAUUAUGAAACCUUCAUCCAGCAGGGCGGCGAUGACGUGCAGCAGCUCUGUGAAGCGGCCGAAGACGAGUUUCUGGAGAUUAUGGCCCUAGUCGGCAUGGCCACCAAGCCGCUGCACGUACGCAGGCUGCAGAAGGCCCUGCGAGACUGGGCGGCGAACCCGACACUUUUCAGCCAGCCGGUCUCCAGUGUACCAUCCAUCGGUGGAAUCCCGCUGUUUAAAGUUGACGGCACAGGUCCAGGUGGGUCCGCAGGUGGACCCAGGAGGUCUGUGAGCAACGGGCAGCCAGGGUCACCUUGUGAACGGGAGGAUAGGGUGUGUCUUACUCCCAUGCACAGUGGAAGCCCUCGAAGCCCCUGCUCUCAGGCCUCCCCCCAGCCCCCAGACACACACUACCGGGAAAAACUGUCCCCCAUGGACCCACACUGGCUUAGCCCAGAGCCUGAUGGCAACUGUACACCAUCCGGAAUGGAAGAGGAGCCGCCUAGCCCACCUCACCUACCCGUACGUCCCCCUGUUGCCUCCACGUCACCAAGUUCCUCCUCCUCUUCUGCCCCCACUGCUCUGUCAGCCUGGCCUGGAGGACAACUGGACGGGGAGACAGCUCAGUCUGUGGCAGAAAGCGUGGAAAGACUCCUUAGGACUCUGCCUCGCUCAGACCCCGCAGAGGUGAAGAGCCUGCUGAGGAUAAACAAGAAGAUAGCAAAGACUGUGGGCCACAUCUUUAAAAUGGGCUCCCAGGAUGUCAACAAGGAAGAGGAAAUCCGCAAGUACAGCCUCAUCUAUGGACGCUUCGACUCCAAACGGAGAGAAGGCAAGCAACUCACACAGCAUGAGCUGAUCAUCAACGAGGCUGCAGCACAGUUCUGUAUGCGGGACAACGCCCUUCUACUGAGACGAGUGGAACUCUUUUCUUUGGCUCGGCAGGUAGCAAGGAAAUGCGCCUACACGUCCACUCUGAAGCAUGCAAGGCCAAACAUGGAGGAUAACAGUGUACUUCCCCAGAAGAGAGCAAAGCUUGAGGUGUCUGUGGCUGAGAACACGUCGUCACUCCUGGGAGUGGAGGGCGUUGAGGCUUUGCAUCAGAGGGCAGAUGAUGACAGCUUGUCUGCGGAAAGUCCAGACAGUGUGUCUCAUGACGUGGUGUCACAAUGCAACCAGUCGCCGUCGCCAUGCCCCCCCGCUGACAACUCCAACCCAAGCACCUGGAGUCGCCACCUCAUGCAACAAACGCUCAUGGACGAAGGGCUGCGGUUGGCUCGCAUGGUGUCACAUGAUCGGGCCGGCAAGGUCAAAUUAGGGUCAGAGGGAACUCACUCCACAGAGCAUGACAUUAAAAUUCAGCGGCGGAGCUCGAUCACAGUGUGCCGGAGCAGCAGCCCAAACGUCACCAAAGACAAUUACAACCACAGAGGGAAGUAAAGAAGAAAAAAAAAUAUUCCAAUCCAUAUCACAAGGGACCUGGGCUUCGCUGUCAUCAACAGCGUCCACUGAAGAUACAGUUACAUUCAUUUAUUUUGGGACAGCACGGUGGAGAAUGUGCUUAGCACAUCUGCCUUCACAGACAGCAGCCAGGUGGCUCUGGGUUUGAAUCUCUGCCCGUGCUUGCGUGGGUUUCCCUCCCACAGUCCAAAACAUGCAUGUUAGAUUAAUUGGAGACUGUAAAUGGUCUAUAGGUGUGAAUGUGAGUGUGAAUGCUCGUUUGUCUAUUAGGGGUGUCACGAUACACUCAGCUCAUGAGACGAGUCCAUACACGAUAUUGUGGUUUCACGAGAACGAGACGAGCCGAUAUUAUGACAUUACCUUUAAGAAAACAACAAUGAUAAAAUAUAGGACUGGACAAGCAGACUUUUAUUUAGUCACAAAACAAUACAGGUGCAUUUUGAAAUGGUUUAUAACUUUGCAUGCAUGACCUAAGCAUGAUGCUUUGACUUGUAGAACUUUUUUCCACAAAUUGAAACGAAAACGAAAAAUGAUAAAAGUUAAAUAAAAUAAUGAUGGCAGUUCUAACUGCUACUACUAAUCAUUUAUGUGGAUGUUUAGAUGUAAAGACACAUGUAAAAUAGAUUGCAGAUUGCAGUAGAUUAGAUUCAUGUUUACGCUAAAAGAACUACAGUUCCCAUGAUGAAGUAUGACGCUCCCAGGAAGUAGUGAGUUUCCGAAGGUAUCACGUCUUAUGCAGCACCCGUGUUUUGAUCUGACAAAUCCCAAGUAAGUUUGAUCCAAUGUAGAAUUACUAUAGCUUCUGCUUGGACAGCUGUUGAACUCUUAUGAAAAGCCACACGUCGCGAGGGAGUGACGAUGGGAACACUGAGGUAGGUUGGAUUGCAGGGUUUAUAGUGCGCGUAAAGCGCUUAAUGUUCGGUUCCAAUCCUCCCUCACGCACUGCCACUUCCAUAUUACGUGUAUUAUCAUUCACGGUAGCGAUGUCAUAGUUCACAGUCUGAUAGACUUCUUGUUCCCAGGAGACAGCUUUUUGCUAAACGAGAAAUAUCAUCACGUUUCAGUCUCGCAUGAGAUCUCGCGACCCUCGCAUUGUCAAUAUGUGCCCUGUGAUUGACUUGCAACCAGUCCAAGGUGUACCCCCCUCCUCUUGCUUGUGAACCUGAACAGGACAAGCAGUAAAAAAUAAAUGAAUGAAUACAUUGUUUUGAGCAAUGUUUUGUGUUACAGGUGCUACCUGCUUGAUUGAGGCUGCACAAGGGGGGCACUACAUGUUUGGAAAUGAACCAUUUUAAAUGACUAGGUGGAAGUAUGGUUAACAUUAUUGACGUUUUCAAGCAUGUAAAACUGCUCAGCACAUCAUUUUUGGGAAACUGUAACAUUUUGUCACUAUUUGAGAUGUGUUUUAUACACCCAAAAAUAUAAAAAAGAGCCUAUGAAAAGUUGUGAAGGCAUUUUAGAAUUAACGUCUCUUCUUUUUUGCUAUUACAGCAAUCCCUUAUUUAUAUGAUAUGUGAUGCAUCUGUCGUACUGUAGGCAUUCAUCUUGAUUUUUUGAAAAAGAUGAAAACGGAUUGUUUUUUUUACAGUUAUCCUUUUUUGUAAUCCGAGUAAGAACUUUGCCUUUUGGGGGGUUGAAAUCGGGUUGUACAACAAGCUGCAGAGUUUUGGCACAGAUGGUCUUCUCUUUCAUCUGUAUUUGCUUUAUAGCUUGUGCCAAAUACGCAUCAUCAUAACCGAAUGUUCACGUCACUAAAGCUAAAGUAGGACUCACAGUAAACUGACUGUUGUGUUUUUCUGUAUAUUUCGAAGAAAACUGUGCCCAUCUUGUCAUCCAGUCAGUCUGGCUGCUUAGGGGAAUCAGACAAAAAACAUACAAAAGCAAAUGUUUAUUUCCGUGACAUCCAGUUGCAUUAAAGUAUUUGUCUUUGCUAAUAGUCAAAAUUCACCAUUAACAAUGGUCAUACUUAAAGUACAACAAAACGUCUUGACACCUCCCUGCCACCCUCCAGAGUUUAUUCAAUUGAAAACAGAUUAUUUAUUUUGUUAA